AUGGACUUGUUUCCCAAAUCCAUGAUAGCAGGUCCUGCCAACGUUAUUUAUCUGUCCACUAUUCUGGGUCGGGAUGGGUCAACUCCUGUUCACAAAUGCGAUUGGAAAUGUGAAAAUGAACAUGUGUGUGGAAACAUGUAUUGCUGCAAACUAACCGGUCUUACUCACAUCUGCGACAAGAACUGUAACCAGAGAAUUUUAUAUGAUAACCAUAGUUCCCUUUGCCGAGCAAGCGGUCAGAUUUUCCCCCUUUCGCCAGCUGAGGAGCAGGCAGUAAGAGGAGUCCGCAGGAAGAUUGACGCUGACAGUUCCCCACCUGAUACCUGUGCUUUCAAACGCAGGCGUGAUGCACAGUUUCAUCCUUCCCCUUUGGAGAGGUCUUUGUCUGCUGUCAGUCCAAUCUGCAGUCAAGUUGGGGAUGGCAUGGAUAUGAACUAGAUAUAUCUAUCCUAUAAUUGAAAUGACUCUCCUCAUCUUACUCGUGUUCUUUUGAAAUUCCCCUGCCCCCUUAUCUUUUUUUUCCCCUCAUGGAUCAAGUAUGGAUAAAUGAACUCAAUAUGGGCACUCUAAUGGUUGGCUUAAUGUGUCCCGUCUGUAGGAACUUAAUACUUCCAUGUUUAAUGCUAUGUAGCUCUUACCUUAGCAUAGUUUGACUUUCAGUAGGGAUAUUAAACGCUUUCUAAGUGCUUAUAAAACUGGAAUUGAAUUUAGUGUGUUCUAGUAUUACUCUUCAUUUUUUUUUUUUUAACUUUAACGACGCCAAGAUUCUUUCUGGUUUUCUUUAGGAUUGAACAUGGUGCAGUGUGGUAAUAAUUUUUAUUAUUGCACUUCUUUCAUUACCUAACUUCUUUACAGCCACAUUGUGGUUUGCUUUUGCAGUUUUUUGCUCUUUGCUAUGCUUUUAGAAUUGUUGAACUUUAUCAUUCUGCUUUAAUGUAUUUAUUGUUAUACGUUAGUUCUCUAUGAAAUUUCUGGAGCCCUUGAUUUUGAGUAGCUAGUGUUUUUGGCAGUUGUUAACACUGUAGACCGUGCUGCAGGUUUAAAAAAAUUGAAGUUCUACAAACCGGGGACCUUUCAUUGUUUUAUCUCCUAUGCUGUAGAAAUUUAACUUUGUUCUAUCCUUUGUUUUGUUUAGUUUAUUGCAGGUUGAAGGGGAAUUUUUGUCAUCCAUUUCGUUUUCAUUUCAUGAUGUCAUUUACUUUAUUUUGCUUUUUCCAAUUUCAUUUUUCUGAAAUAAGUGUUAUUUUGCAGGGAUUGAAGUGUGUGAAAUUCAAGAGGAUUUAAAUAUAUUUUAUGUGAUGAUGAAUUGAUAAUUAUGUAUUUAUGACGUUUCUGAAAAUGAAGAUUCUUCUCUGAUAAACAAAUUCUGCUCUUUCUUGCAGUGGAGAAUUGAUUACUAGAAUGAUGAAGUAUUUGAUUGUGUUGAUGAAUUGAGGAGAGGGUAUAUUUCCUGUUGUUUCACCUUUCUCUUGUUGAGGAAUUGUCCGCCUAUCCUCCAUGUUAGAUGUGUUUGAAGGGUCUAUAGUUCCUGGUUUUCUCACUGGCAGGAGAUAAAAAUAAAUUGAUGCAAUCUUUGGUUGGUGAAUUGCAAGGCAAUCCCAAGUAGCUUAUUGUUUUGUCUGGUGAAGGAUAACUGGAAUUUCUGACUGUAACCUCAGGCAUCUGCCAGUCCCAAGGGUGAUCUUCCUAAUGGAGUCUUGGGUAGAGGUGUUCAUAAAAUCUUACUGCAGGCCUUUGUUUGUGAGCUGCUGAAUCCUGCAUGCUUAAAGUUUAUUUUUGGGCUGUAAUUUUCCGUGCUGUUCUGAAGAUGGUGUCAGCAUUGGUCUGGGCUGAUGAUAUAUUGUUGUCAGUUCUAUUUUUCUGCCUGUAACAUUCAGAUAUGCGUAGGAUUAAUCAUUCCUUUUUUUUC